AUGUCGGCUCCUGCUCAGAACCAGGCCCCGGUUGACGAAUCUGGCCUGCAAGUCAGGUCCAUGGGCCUCAAGGUCCACUACACCUUCGACAAGGACUCCAAGGUCAACUGCCUGGCCCGCCAUCCGCAUACCUUGCAGGUGCGGACCGUCCCCGUCGACGAGACGUCUUCGAUCGGCAUCGUCGACCUUCGGGCAUGCAUCCACGCCAUCAUGGACUGCAGCCCUGAGCUGGCCAACUCCGACACGGACUACAGCAUAUAUGCCGUCGACUACUCCGAGCCCAACACGCCCUUGGUCGGCCAGGGCAUGCUCUCGAGGGCUCUCGACUCGCUUCGCGGCAACGGCGCGCCGCCCAAAAUGGUCAUCGGACGCGUCACCAAGAAUCUCCUCGCCAUGUUUAGCGGCGGCAACAAGGAGACACUCGAGGUCAAGCUCACUCUCUCUGAAGCCAAGCCCGUCCGCCAGCAUGGGUAUGAGGCCAUGACGCCGCAGGACAUGAGCAUGAAUGCCCAGCAGAGCAUUCCGGUGCAACACCACACCAUGCAGAUGGAGCACCAAGAUGCGGAGCACCAGUAUAUGGAGAGACCCUCCGAGCAGGCCAUGACCCCCUUGGGCACGUCCGAGUGGGACUCCUUCAUGCAGUCAAAUCCCCAGCUUGGCCACACGGCCCAAGUCGCCCGCAUCGCCUCGCCAGUCUACUCGCAGGGCCGAGCCCCGAUGCCCAACCUCUCGGACGCACCAUCGCGGCGAAACCUUCCUCCGAACGUGCAGCCAGGCAGCCAGGGCCAGUUCCCCGUUCCCAACGACCAGGGACCUUCUCGCCCCCAGACGGGGUACCAGCAAGCGUUGUCACCCGCCGCGAAUGAAAUCCAGCGGGUGGCUCCGAUCCCAGUUGAACCCAGCGAGCAACCCAGCCGUCCGGCUUCGAGACCUUCGAGCCGAGCUUCUAGCCGAACACGGACGAAGAAGCCACCGACCGGGCGUCCUAGAGGCCGCCCGCGAAAGAGGCCGGCUGAUGGAAACACCUCGGGCGCGGAGGAACCUGUCACUGAAGGUGAAGAGGCCCAACCCAAGAAGCGGGCAAAGACGACCAAAGCCACCGUUGUGGAAAGCAAGGCCCCUGUCAACCCUUUUGCCACCGGGCCAGAGUCGCUUCGCGUAGUCGCCAGCACCUCUGGGUCGCUGAGGAACUUUCGUCCUCUUGCGUCGUCCACCAACGAGGCUCCAGGCAGCCAUCUGCAAGAGGUUCCCCGCGCGCCCACUCCAGUCCCCGAGGGAGGCCCCUUUUGCGGAGCGUCGGGACGGAAUCAGAACGCGAGCAAACUUCGACGAGAGUCCACGCUCAGCCAGCAGCAUGCCGCCUCUGUGUACGCCGAAUCAAGACUGCAGCCUCUGUCUCCUGGCCAGGAAGAUGGCCGCUCACCCGAGUCUGUUGCCAUCACACCCUUCUCCGAUGGAAGCACUCCCGACAUCAGCUCUUCGCCUCCGAUGCAGCGCCGGCCACCGAUGAUUCGGUCAAGCCCACCUGCUUCGAGCCCGAUCCUACCGCCAAUGCCGACACGAGCAGAGGAUGAGCCCCCCGUGUCCAGUCUAGUCAACGAUGAAUUGGAGGAUCUCUUUGGCGAGGAGCCUGUGCAGACAGCCGCCAAGGGCAACGAGUCCUCCCGAUCAGCUACCGGGAAGCCAAACGCCCCCACAAGAGCACAUGGAGUCCCUAUCCAGAUCUUUCAGAUGCAGGAUGGUCCCGAGGGCCAGGACCUGGUGUUCCUGCGCAGCAUCAAUGGCGCGCCGCUCCCGAACCAUGCUCCGGCCCCGUAUCGCGAACAAGCCGUCUCGGGCUACCCGCCCGUAUAUCAAGGGGCACCUCACGAGGUGGGCGCACCGCAGGCGCCUCCACGGCAGUUUCCACCCGUACCACCACCUUCUAGCGACGCCCCGACCCUACCGCCUCUCAAGGACGAACCCGCGCCAAAGAGAAAACGCGCUCCGGCAAAGAGGAAGCCCAAGACAAAGACGCCUGCUGUUCCGGCCCAGGCCAUCAUGCAGCCCACGCCACCUCCUACGACCGAUGCCGCGAGGCCCACUAGCCCAGUGCGUAACCAAAUGGCCCAGAGCGACGCGAGCCCAAAUCUGGGGGCGGACCCAGAGCCGAUGCAGGGCAUCGUUCAGAGCAAUGACAUGGGAGAUGGCGCGGCCCUGGUGGCCCCGAAUCAGACUUCCCCCGAAGCUGCGUCUCCAAGGGAGACAUCGCCUCAGCAGCAAACAAAAGCAUCAAAUGAGCCGCAAAAACAGCCGGCUCAAGCUCCCAGGCCGACAAAGUCGCGUACAUUGGCUCGGUCUCAGUCGGCAGGGGCCUUGGCUCUACCCCAAGUGCCAGCCAGCGAACCAGCUGGGCCCUCUUCGCUUUCACAGUCUACCGUGGCUCAUCCGGAUCCUCCAGCGCCCACGAUGCUGAAGCGUGCUGCCUCAUCGGGUCCUCUCGCCUUGCCCAUGCCUGCUAGCGACCCUGUCGGGCCCGGCAGCUCCAACCUUCGUGUUUCAGAGCUGCAUCUGCCCGAACCUGAGCCGUCAAACAGCUUCCUCCCGCCUGUGUCGUCGCCUCCAACGAGAUCGAACAAGAACAUUGUCAAGAAGAACGCCAUUAAGCAGCGUCUCGAGCAAGCCAUCAAUGCCGGCGAGUUGCCGCCGUUUUGCACAAACUGCGGUAAUAUCGAGACGCCUACAUGGCGCAAGAUCUGGGUGCAGGACCAGGAAGGACCUCUACCAGAGGGAGUUGAAUUCUCAGAGAAGCCAGGCAUGAUCACGGCCUUUGAGGUGGUUGAGCGAGACGAGAACGACAAGGUGGUCAAGUAUCGCGUCAUCAAGAAGAGUCUUGCACCCAAGGAGGACAAGGCCCCUUGGCAGGAGUUCUUGCUGUGCAAUCCGUGUGGAAUCUGGCUUUGCAAGAGCAAGGUCCAUCGCCCGCGAGACCGCUGGGACAAGGAUUUCGAGAGGCUUGGCCAGGAGCGCCGCAGGAAGGGCACCGGACGGACGGUGCCGCGACCGAAGAAGCCGCGGUCCAAGAGCGACUUGCAAUCGAACCUCACGUCCGAAGCGUAUUUGCCAACCGAUGGGCUCGGUCCCAUGGAGCCUUCGUCGCCCAAGCUGCCCGAGCCCGAUCUGCCUCAGAUGGAUGCUCCUCAAGAGGAGAGUCAAGACGCCGUUACGCGCGCCACUUCCGUGGACGCAGUUUCGAACCCCGGAUCGACGCACUCGCGCGGCAGUGGCACCGCAAAGAGCCCCAUUGACCUGGCCUUUGACGAGGCCGUCGGCAGCACCAAGAGGCUGCUGUUCCCUUCACCGCGAAAGGAUGGCGAGAUGAAGGUAUUGGGAGAGGUGGAUGUGAACAUUGUGCAGAUUUCUGACGAGUUCCAGCGGCUGAAGCAGUUUGUGCAAGAGGAAAAGGAGAAUUCGGCAGAGGAGGCCGACCAGGGGAGCGACGAGUACGACUCCCUGUUUAGGAGCCCAGUGAUACGACCGUCGACACCGCCCCCUGUCGCGAAGCCAAAUGCGUCGACGGGGCCGUUCAAGACGCCGACGCGGCCCACCCCCAGCCACCGACCGAUCACUAGAAGUGUCACCAGGAGUGCGUCCAAGUCGUUGCGGUCCGGACGGCUGCUGAUGGAGUCGCCGAGCCAGGCGCUGGCGCUGCCGCAGCAGACACCCAGCAAGACUCCCCGCGGGGGGCUCGGGGUCCCAGGAAGCGUCAGCGUUAGGAGAAGCCCACGCAACCACCAAGGGGCCUUUGGGGAGACGCCCAUCUCGCGAACCAUCAACGAGGCAUUUUCAGAGUUCUCAGACCCCGUCCACUUCGACAUGUCGGACAACAUGGACAUGAGCCUGCUACCCGCGCUGGACAUGACUUCGGAGAUGAUGGACUACUACGCCAUCUUUAGCACGGACGGCAUGAUGCCCAGCUCUCCAUCGCAGAGCAGGUUCGAGUUCAACGACUCGGCUAGGGACCCGAGCCAGUGGCCCAUGGACAACUCAGCACCAGACCCUGGCGACAUCUGA